UAUUUUUUUUAGGGUUAAUCGUUAUUAAAAAAAAAAAAAGAAAAAGAAAAAUCAAUUUGUAUUUAUUAAAGACAAGAAUUGCAAUUGCAAUGUGAGUUGCGUUUUGGGAAAACUGGGUACAGGUGGCGGGUAGAUUGGGGUUGUGUGUCGAGAAAUUGGAAGUUAGACCAAUCCCAUGCCAUUCCAAUCCAAAAUAAUUUAGAUUUGAUUCUGUAGCAGGAAGGGAGGGUGUGUACCCCAGAAUAGAAGAGUCUUCUCCUUCCCCCGGAAGGAACUUGGAGGUGCGGAGUUUUUGUUUCUCAUCAAAUGGCCGGAGGAAGCAAAGAAUCUUCCUUUUAUUGAACUCUCCGUUUCCUUCCGACGCCUUCCAUUUUUAAUCGCAGUACUAUCAGACUCCUGGAAGCCUGUCAUGACUACCGAUACUAAUACUUUAAGCUAUUGGUUAAACUGGAGAUUCUUUCUAUGUGCUUUGUUCCUAUCAACCGUUAUGAUUGUGGCAGCCCUAUUAAUAUGGAAAUAUGAAGGUUCCAAAAAAUCCAAAUCUGGUUCGAGAGACGAUUCACAAGAUUCAGUUGGGUCAUUGUACGAGGAUGAACUCUGGCGGACGUGUCUAAAAGAAAUACAUCCACUUUGCCUCCUAGCUUACAGAAUGCUUGCUUUUGCUCUGCUUUUUGGAUUGAUAUUAAGUGAGGCUGUUAUUUCAGGAGGCAGGAUAUUUUUAUUUUAUACUCAGUGGACGUUCACAUUGGUCACGCUCUACUUUGGGCUUGCAACUUCAUUCUCCAUUUAUGGUUGUUUCAGAAAAUGUAAUGAUAAUGGCAGCUCAAACGAGCAUACAAGUUUAGAUGCAGAGCGAGGCACUUAUGUGCCCCCGACUCUUGGUGUGGACAGCCUCGAUGUGGCUAAUUCAGCCAAGAGUUUGAACUCCCGUGAAGGUUUUCAUACUCGCAAAGCUGCUGGUGUGGGGGGAUAUGCACUUCAAAUUAUUUUUCAGAUAUCUGCAGGUGCUGUAGUGCUUACCGACAUAGUAUUUUGGUUCAUUCUUUAUCCAUUUCUUCUAUCUCGAAGUCGUGGGCUAAGUUUCUUUGUUGUUACCAUGCACUCGGUGAAUGCUGUUUGUCUUCUUGGAGAAACAAUGUUGAAUGGUUUGCGAUAUCCGUUUUUUCGGAUUGGGUAUUUUGUACUGUGGACAGGGAUAUUCGUCAUUUUUCACUGGAUUCUCCAUGCUUGUGUUUCAAUGCCGUGGCCUUAUCCAUUUCUUGACUUGUCACCCCCGUCCGCACCAUUAUGGUAUGUUGGGGUUGGGUUGAUGAAUGUACCUUGUUUUGGUGUCUUCGCUUUAGUGAUCAAAAUGAAGCAAUCUCUGUUGCCGAAAUUGUUCCCGAGGUCUUUUCAGGAGUCGAGCUAACGAUCGAAGCAGACAAUCAUCAAACCAGUGGGUUAUGAAGCUGUGUUUUCCAGUGAUCCCCAUCAUGUUUGCUUCAAAUUACGAGUGUUGAGAACGUAAAUAUCACACAUAUACACAACAUAAAGCAUGAUGAAGAAGUGCAAAAAGACAGGCAGUGGGAUGGAAACAUUACCCUAACAAAGCUCAAAUAUAGGCGGAGGAUGACUGAUUUUUUAAGCCUAUUUUCAUAUUUAAUACUCUGAAAUUCUUGCAUCUUCCGAAUUACAUUUUCCCCCAUCUUUUUCUUAGUUUGAGUCACUUCGAUUUUCCUCCAACUGCCCGUAUAACUUAUUUGAAGCAUUUCUGGUAUGGAAUGUACCUCCAGCAAUGACUCAUGCAUCCUCUUUUUUUAUUUGUUCCAAUAAAUUUAAAAUCUUGUUGUGUUUUAAA